AUGAAAGCUAGAGGCGCACAGGUAGUGGAUCACACAGCCGCGGGAACAAGAAUAUCCGUUCGUGGCUCUAGUGCGUUUGAGCGCAUUGUAGAAGAGUACGCGCAGUUGAUCGACGAGCAGAUCAAAAAUUUAUCUGUGGCUACUUCCAACGAUGAAAAUGACGAGUUCAUUUCAUGCACUGUGAUCGGAAUAUUAUUACGGCGAGAGCAAGACAGCCCACGAGCUCCUGAUGUACAACUACCAUCGUGCCCGUUUGUUCUUGCACCGUCCCACGACGAGACUGAAGGUGGAAAGAGCCGCAUUAAACCACGCCUCACCGUCACCUCUAUCACAGGUCCUGCAGCUGCUCGUCUGGAACAGCAUCAAGCGGAUGUAGUACUCAUGGUGGACGAAAAAGCAUUCGCCACGAGGAGAACUGUGGAUCAUGAUGUAGCUAUCGCGCCACCCAAGAGUUUGAGAACGGACGAUCUUGCGAUGUGGACGGUUGAGAAUCUGAAUAGCCCGCAGUUGAAGAAUUAUCGUUUGAAUGGUGUAGCAUUAGCGCCUCUCAUGUUGCUGGUGCAAGAGGAAAAAUUCGUAAAAGAUGAACAAGAAGGAGCUGCUGCUGCAAGACCGUAAUCAAAGAGUCCCUGAG